AUACUUACCUCUCUUUCUUUUUUCCACUGUACUUGACAGACGGAAUCUCACAAAACUGUCCCUGAUCUUCAGUCACAUGCUGGCAGAAAUCAAGGCAAUCUUUCCCAAUGGCCAGUUCCAGGGAGAUAACUUCCGCAUCACCAAAGCAGAUGCUGCUGAAUUCUGGAGGAAGUUUUUUGGAGACAAAACUAUUGUACCAUGGAAAAUCUUCAGACAGUGCCUGCAUGAAGUCCAUCAGAUUAGCUCCGGCCUGGAGGCAAUGGCUCUAAAGUCAACCAUUGAUUUAACUUGCAAUGAUUACAUCUCAGUGUUUGAAUUUGAUAUUUUUACCAGACUAUUUCAGCCCUGGGGCUCCAUCUUACGGAACUGGAAUUUCUUAGCUGUGACACAUCCAGGAUACAUGGCAUUUCUCACAUAUGAUGAAGUUAAAGCACGGCUACAGAAAUACAGCACCAAGCCUGGGAGCUACAUUUUCCGGUUAAGCUGUACUCGGCUGGGACAAUGGGCCAUUGGCUAUGUGACUGGGGACGGCAAUAUCCUACAGACCAUACCUCAUAACAAGCCCCUAUUCCAAGCCCUGAUUGACGGUAGCAGGGAAGGCUUUUAUCUUUAUCCUGAUGGGCGAAGUUAUAACCCUGAUUUAACCGGAUUAUGUGAACCUACACCUCAUGAUCAUAUCAAAGUUACGCAGGAACAAUAUGAACUGUAUUGUGAAAUGGGCUCCACUUUCCAGCUCUGUAAGAUCUGUGCAGAGAACGACAAGGACGUGAAGAUUGAACCCUGUGGGCAUCUGAUGUGCACCUCGUGCCUUACCGCAUGGCAGGAGUCUGAUGGCCAAGGCUGCCCCUUCUGUCGCUGUGAGAUAAAAGGCACUGAACCCAUCAUCGUGGACCCCUUUGAUCCCAGAGACGAAGGCUCCAGGUGCUGCAGCAUCAUUGACCCUUUCAGCAUGCCCAUGCUUGACUUGGACGAUGAUGAUGACCGAGAGGAAUCUUUGAUGAUGAACAGACUGGCGAGUGUUCGAAAGUGCACUGAUAGGCAGAACUCACCAGUCACAUCCCCAGGAUCCUCGCCCCUUGCCCAGAGAAGAAAGCCUCAGGCAGACCCUCUGCAGAUCCCCCACCUCAGCCUGCCGCCAGUGCCUCCUCGCCUGGAUCUCAUUCAGAAAGGCAUCGUGCGCUCUCCCUGUGGCAGCCCCACAGGCUCCCCGAAGUCUUCUCCCUGCAUGGUGAGAAAACAAGACAAGCCCCUGCCAGCGCCACCCCCUCCUCUCAGAGAUCCCCCGCCCCCGCCAGAGAGGCCGCCCCCAAUCCCACCUGACAACAGACUGAGCAGACACUUCCACCAUGGUGAAAGUGUGCCUUCCAGGGACCAGCCAAUGCCUCUUGAAGCCUGGUGCCCCCGGGAUGCCUUCGGGAGUAAUCAGGUCAUGGGAUGUCGCAUCCUCGGGGAUGGCUCUCCAAAGCCCGGACUCACAGCAAAUUCCAACUUAAAUGGAAGACACAGUAGAAUGGGCUCUGACCAGGUCCUUAUGCGGAAACACAGACGUCACGAUUUGCCUUCAGAAGGAGCCAGGGUCUUUUCCAAUGGACAUCUCGCCAGUGAAGAAUACGAUGUUCCUCCUCGGCUUUCCCCUCCGCCUCCAGUCACUACCCUUCUCCCUAGCAUAAAGUGUACUGGUCCAUUAGCAAAUUGUCUCUCAGAGAAAACAAGAGACACGGUAGAAGAAGAUGACGAUGAGUACAAGAUUCCGUCAUCCCAUCCUGUCUCUCUGAAUUCACAACCAUCUCAUUGCCAUAAUGUCAAACUUCCUAUUCGGUCUUGUGAUAACGGUCACUGUAUCUUGAACGGAACUCAUGGUACGCCUUCAGAGAUGAAGAAAUCAAACAUCCCAGAUUUAGGCAUCUAUUUGAAGGGUGAAGAUGCUUUUGAUGCCCUCCCUCCAGCCCUCCCUCCUCCCCUGCCUCCUGCAAGACAUAGUCUCAUUGAACAUUCAAAACCUCCAGGCUCCAGCAGCCGGCCUUCCUCAGGACAGGACCUUUUCCUUCUUCCUUCAGAUCCCUUUUUUGACCCAGCAAGUGGCCAGGUUCCAUUGCCUCCUGCCAGGAGAGCCCCAGGAGACAGCAGCGUCAAAUCCAACAGAGCCUCCCAGGACUACGACCAGCUCCCUUCAUCGUCCGAUGGUUCGCAAGCACCAGCUAGACCCCCCAAACCACGACCCCGCAGGACUGCACCAGAAAUCCAUCACAGAAAGGCCCAUGGGCCCGAGGCAGCAAUGGAAAACGUCGAUGCAAAAAUUGCGAAACUCAUGGGAGAGGGGUACGCCUUUGAAGAGGUGAAGAGAGCCUUAGAGAUUGCCCAGAAUAACGUGGAAGUGGCCAGGAGCAUACUUCGAGAAUUUGCCUUCCCCCCUCCCGUCUCCCCACGUCUAAAUCUAUAGCAGCCAGAACUGCAAACACCAAAGGGUAAAGCCGCUGACAAAUAUUCCAGGAGGAUGGGACAGAAGGACUGAGAGGGCACGCAGGAGCCACGGUGUCUUUUUUGCAUCUCCAGAAGGGCAGCCUGGCGUCCGGCUUCUCUGGAGACCACAGCUCCCUCACGAUGCCCACGCUGCGGCUUCCGUGUUUGUGCUAGCCAUACUUUUAAAUCAGGGUUGAACUGAUAAAAUAAUUUAAAGACGUUUACUCCCCCCUUGAACUUGGAAAUCUGUGAAAUGCUUUUCCUUGUUUACACGUCAGCAGAAUUGCAGUUUGUCUGUUUUUGAUUCAUGUACUGUGUUCCUGACAGGCCCUUUACAGAGUCGGUCCGGUCUGCUGUAUGCUUUUCCAUGCCCACCUCCUGCUGCCCCCAGCAGCAGCAGAGUCACUGCUUUGUGUUGCUCUCUCUCCAGGCCCCACCUCAAGUCCCCGAGUCCAGUUCCAUUUCUCCCAUUUACACAGCAUGGUCCAAAAGUUCUAAUUUUCAGCAUUUUAAAUUAAUGCAGAAAGAAAAAAGAAAAAUGUGUGUGGUCUUGUCUUCACUACUGAGUCUUUUCUUUAGGAACCAUCACUGUUGAGAGGUGGCGGAAAAACCUGAAUGUAAAAAGCAUUUAUUUGUCAAUAAACUGCCUUUUGUAAGGGGUUUUUCUCUAAUAUAAAAGAGCUUCCCUUGUUAGCUUAAGUUCUGUGACCUUUAGUUUUCCAUGCUCUCCCUCCUGUCGACCCAGGAGUGCCACAAUGCUGUAAAAGUGACUACUGCAGAUGCAGGGACACAUGCUUGCAUGAGACAGUGCUGUAGCACCGUGCCAUAAUGAGAUCCCCUGAUAUUUAUGCCUGCAUCACUUUGAGGAAAGCUGGGCAAGGGGGGCCGCUGCCUCACAGUA